AAAGUGGUUCAAAGAUUCUCACAUUUUUCAAUUUACUAUGGCAUGAUUUGAUAAUGCAAUGAUAAAGUUAUUCAAAGAUUCUCACAUAUUUUAUUUUACUAUGACAUGAUUUGAUAAUGUAAUGAAAAUUUGAUUCAAAGAUUCUCACAUUUUUCAAUAUAAUAUGACAUGAUUUGAUAAUUCAAUGAAAAGUGAUUCCAAAUUUUUACAUUACCCAAAGUUUCACGAGACAAAUAAUAAUACAAAGAAAAAGCGAUUCCGGAAAGUUUUAUAUAUACUAGUAGAAAUCAGUUUUAACUUCGCACACUCUAAAUUUUCUAUCUUAAAAUGAAUUGUAAUUUCACAAAUUCAUUCCAUUUGGAUGGUUCUUCAUCAUCUUCAAAUGAUGAUGAAAUGUAGAGAUGAUCAAUAAUCUCUACCAAGAAGAAUUGAUGAUACAACAUGCUAUCGCAAAUAACAAUGUGAUAAUAUAAUACCUUCGUAAUCAACACAGCAGCCAGGUGAUUCAUGGACGUUCAGUUUCUGGACGUUCUUUUAUCCCCUGCGAUCGAGAAAGCGCACAUUGUAGAUUGUUCAACGACUACUUCUUGGAGAACCCAACUUACAAUGAUGCCAUGUUUCGUAGGAGAUAUCGUAUGUCUCGUCCUUUAUUUCUUUGUAUCGUUGAUGCGGUUGAAAAUCAUGACAACUACAUCAAACAACGAAGGGAUAUAAUCGGUAGACUUGGUUUACCAUCUCUUCAAAAAAUAACUGUCGUCUUUCGGAUGCUAGCUUAUGGUUUACCAGCUGAUACAACAGACGAAUACAUAAAAAUUGGCGAAUCAACAGCAAUCAAAAGCAUGAAAAGAUUUUGUCGAGCUAUAGUGGAGAUAUUCUCAGAGGAGUACUUACGAUCACCAACACAUGCCGAUGUUUCAAGACUUUUGUAUAUUGGUGAACUACGAGGUUUUCCGGGAAUGUUAGGAAGCUUAUAUUGCAUGCAUUGGAAGUGGAAAAAUUGUCCUACCGCUUGGGGACAAUAUUCAGGUCGUAGUGGAUCACCAACUAUAAUUCUUGAAGCUGUUGCGGAUUAUGAUCUUUGGAUAUGGCAUGCAUAUUUUGGGAUGCCUGGCAGCAAUAACGAUAUCAAUGUGUUGGAACCCUCCUAUCUUUUCUCCAAUCUCGCUCAAGGUAUUGCACCUCAUGCUCAUUAUAUUAUUCAAGGAAAUGAAUAUAAUAUGGGGUAUUAUUUGGCUGAUGGAAUAUAUCCAAAAUGGUCUACCAUAGUCCAAACUAUUCACGAGACAAGAGGUUAAAAAAAGCAAUAUUUUGCUACGCAACAAGAAGCAUGUUCUCCAAUCACGCUUUGCAAUUGUGAAAGGACCGGUUCGUUUUUGGAAUAGAGAAGUGAUACAUGAUAUCAUGACCACUUGUAUAAUUCUUCAUAACAUGAUAAUUGAGGAUGAGCGUGAUCUCAAUGCACCAAUUGACGUUGCCAGAGAAGCUUCACCUACAGAGGUUGAUAUCGAAGAACAUGAGAAUAUUUGUUUUCAAGAAUUUCUUGAUCGAUUUAGAAGAAUUAAAUAUCAAGAAGCUUAUUUCGCACUUCGAAACGAUUUAAUUGAUCACUUGUGGAAAAAACAUAUGUUUGGUACUGCUUUAUAAAAUCUAAUGUUUUUAUUUAUUUAUUUGUGUUUGGUGUAAUAAUUUUAUUAUAAGAUAAUGUUGAACAUGUUGGAUUAUGUAAAAAAAAAUAGUUGAGUAAAAUUAGUAAAGUGUUGUAAAAGAAUGGGAAUUCGAUCUAUCUUAUUAAUGAACAAUAGAGGUUCCUUUUAUAAGGAUUACAAAGUAUAAGUUAAAAAGAAAUUAUCCAAAACCUAAUCCAACAGGAAAUAGGAAAACUACUAAACAUAGAAAAGGAAAGUUGUAGUCUUGGCCGACUGGGAACUUGGCCGGCUCUCUCUCUCUCCCACGGUUGGGCCUUGACUCGGUCUUGGUUAUGGGCCAUCCACUUAAUGAUUUAUAACACUCCCCCUUGGAUGCCAUAACCAUAUGGGUUUGUAUCAUGCACAAUGUUGCCUCAUUAAAACCUUCUAGGAAAACCAAAAACCCAACGUGGGAAAAAUGGAAACCGUAGAUAGGAAAAAGAGUACAACGCAUGAAACUCCCCCUGAUGAAUGCAUCACCGAAGAUUCUUCAGCUGGCGCAUUCCUAUCUGAUGAACAAGUUUCUUGAACGUUGAGAUUGGCAGAGACUUGGUGAAGAGAUCGGCUGAAUUGUCACUGGACCGAACUUGAACCACUCGAACUUCCUUUGCCUUCUGCAGAUCGUAGGUGAAGAAGAAUUUGGGUAAGAUAUGCUUCGUUCUAUCUCCCUUGAUGUAUCCAUCUUUGAGCUAAGCUAUGCAGGCUGCAUUGUCCUCAUAGAUGAUCGUUGGUUCUUCUUGUCCCACGGCCAAACCACUCUCUACACGGAUGUGGCCGGUCAUGUUCCUCAACCACACAAGCUCACGGCUUGCUUCAUACAUUGCUAUGAUCGCGGCAUGAUUGGACGAUGUGGCCACUAAGGAUUGUUUUGUGGACCGCCAACAUACUGCAGCCCCACCAUAUAUAAAAACAUAUCCUGUUUGAGAUCUAGCAUUAUGUGGAUCAGAUAAGUACCCAUCAUCUGCAUAUCCUACCAAGCUCUCUCCUGGCCGGUCGGUAUAGAACAA